UUUCGGAGUAAAUUAUAUUUUCCAGAUAAUCCAUCUCUGCCCAAAACGGUAAGUACGAUAUUAAAUUAUUAUUGAAGUAAAUCAAGUAAACAUCACUGACAAAUUUGUGAAGAUAUUUUUAAUAACUGUUAAUUCGUUCAAGCACAAAUAAUCAGCAGUCGGAGGCUUUGAAAUCAGCUCGUCAAAAAUUCCAGUCAGUGGAAUCUGAGGCAUCGAAGAGCUCAGAGUUAUUAAAAGGGAAGCUGGAGGGAUACUACUGAAAAGUCGCUGAGUCGGUUAACGACAGAUACCCCAGCGUUGCGUGUGGUGCCCUCCCUCUUAUGGGGUCGGCUACUACGAUGCCGCUGGGGUCACUCAAACCCCCAGAACUGAGCCUCUACUUUGGCCAAUCCUCUUUGGAUAGAGGACUAGAGAAUUAGAAAAACCUGUAUACAUAAAUAUUAACCGCAAUUUUUCGUGCAAUUCUGUGAGAACCAAUAAAACAUCGAUGUCCCACUAGAAAAUGGCGUCUACUGAACCAAUAGAAUGGCAGAUCCACAAGAAGAUUUCAUACGGAAGUGGGAAAAUAGUUGGGCAAUCAUGGGCCACAGAAGAAUGACGAGGGGUGCCGAGGGGCUAAAGAAUCAAGAUGGCAUCCGAGGAGAAUACUAUCACCGUGUCAAACGCGGACUACAAUGUCAAUAGUGAGUUGAACAGUCACCCCGAUUUCCUCGCAAUCAACAAUCCCAUCUACAAUAUCCCAACAAGUGCAUCUAAACAACUGACAGAUCCUCAAAUUUCACCUGACGACAACAAUCCUUUCAAAAGUGUUGGUAUAAAGACGCCCAGCGGGACGCCCACGAUUUUACCACCAGCGUCACCGAGAAACAGUGUUUUAACCGAAACAUCAGUGUCAAGUGAUGAUAAAAAUGUCAAUGACACCCUUGUCAAUAAUAAAAUAAUCAAUAUCAUGGAAUCGUGCGAUGUCAGUGAGUGUCUGCAAACUGGUCUUUCAGAAUCAUGCGACAUGCCUGGAGGUGCCUGCAACAACGCGGAAAUGUCCCCUUGUCUUCCCCAACAGGACAAUCGUGACAAAUCACCAGUGCAUCAUCUCCCCGAUGUCUUCAGCACUCAUCAGAACGCUAACACUAUAACAUUUGGCAGCGAUCCAAGCCUCGACAGCAACAUAGUACCGGUUAAGUUGGACGAGUGCGGCAAUGUGUCGAGUAAAACGCCACAAUUGGGUGAGAGCCCACAAACAAGCAAUGACAUUAUAACGAGUCCACGAAGCCCAGAUUAUCCACCUCGAGUGUCAACGGAUCACACCUCGAGUCCCCCAUUUCUAUCAAACGUUGAUAUUUCCAUGGACACUGCUAAGUACAAUACAACGGAGACGAUAAAAGUUGAGCCUGAGGUCCAAAUAAAGCACGAGGACGACGAAAAGAUGGUGAAGGGGAUGAUAAAGCUGGAGAUUCCAGACAGGCCUGAAGAUGUUCAUCCUUCGACCCCAGCAUUGCCAGAUACAAAGGUAAAACCUCCUCAGGAACUCUCGAGGAAUCAUUCGUCAUCCUCUUCGACUACAUCAAACUCAUCUACAAUAACUACUGAAAAACCCAGCAGAGAUCACAGUGACAGACACCGUUGCUCUCGUUGCUAUAAACGAAGUAAAAUAAAAAGGGCAAGCAUAGGGGUGCAGUGCAGACGAGACAAGAGUAGCAGUCACUCUCUAAAAUCCUCUCUGAAGGACCACAAAUUUCCAACUCCCCUGACAGCAGCUGACGAGAAUCUCCGGAUAAACUUGCAGACUAAAACCAGCAAGACACUCAACAAAUCCAUCAGUAAGUCAGAUCAACUGGCAGGAUUGAAGUACAGGAGAUUCAUCCACAUCGAGACCUAUCCGAAUGGUGGAGCAACAGUUGUUCACAUGUACCAGGAUGAAAUAGACAUUCUCCCGAAGGAGGAGAUUGACGAGCUGGCGCACGAGUUCUUCAAAGUCGUUUUUGGAGAGGAUGAGAAUGGAAAUGCUUACAAUGUCAUGGGAAUUGUCCACAACGCAGCUGCAUAUUUGCCAGAUCUGCUGGACCACAUGGCGAGUCAUUAUCCAACUUUGACUGUGAAAAAUGGGGUCCUGGGGAGGAACAGUGACAUCGAGACGACGACGAUGCUGCAGUACAAAGAGCAAGUCUAUAAAGCUUACAACAAUGGAACAGUGAGGUACGGACCACUUCACCAGAUAAGCUUAGUGGGAACAGUUCACGAGGAGGUUGGAGGCUAUUUUCCAGACCUUCUCCAGCGCCUAGAGGAGGAUCCCUUUCUGAAGCUAACGAUGCCCUGGGGACCGCUGUCAGUGGUGCAGAUGGAGACACCCCAGGAGUCCAAUGAUGGCCCAAUCCUUUGGAUUCGACCUGGUGAGCAGCUGGUGCCCACUGCAGACAUGAACAAGAGCCCUUGCAAACGUCGUAGAACUGGCAUCAAUGAGUUGAGAAAUUUACAGUAUCUUCCACGUCUAUCUGAAGCUCGAGAGUACAUGUUUGAAGACCGCACGCGUGCCCAUGCCGACCACGUGGGUCACGGUCUCGACAGGAUGACAACAGCCGCUGUGGGAGUGCUCAAGGCCAUCCAUGGAGGACAGCCUUACGAAUUCAACAGGAUAACAAAGGACGUUGUGGCAUUUUAUGCUGGGGAUUUUCCUGAUCUCGUGGAAAAGCUACAGCUAGAUCUCCACGAGCCACCGAUAUCCCAGUGUGUCCAGUGGAUUGAGGACGCCAAAUUGAAUCAACUGAGAAGGCAGGGGAUUCGAUAUGCAAAGAUCAAUCUCUACGACAAUGAUAUUUAUUUUCUCCCCAGAAAUAUUAUUCACCAGUUUCGCACGAUAUCUGCAGUGUCUUCUGUUGCCUGGCAUGUUAGACUCAAACAGUACUACCCUGAUCCCGUGGUACAUGGUAGCAUCAGGCACAAUCGAUCGAUACCAGAGAAUUCGAUAAAAUUCAAGGAAUUGAAGGACGAGCAGAAGGAGAACGCUGACAGGCAGCAUAUGGCUGAGAAAAAGGCCAAGGAGAGAGCUGCUGAGUAUCAGGGGAAUCUCAAGAAAUCUGAUCCUCAGCAUGCCAGGAAGAGAAGUAAGGAGGAGCACAAGAGCAGGGAUCAUGUCAGGGGUGAUAUCAAAAGAAAGGAGUCGAGAGAUGAGGAUGUCAGUCUCAAAGAGACCAAGAGAAAUGAGGAGAGGAGACGAUCUGAUGGUAAAAACCAUCAUGACAAGCACAGGAAGUCAGAGAGACGCUCGUCGACAUCCAGUCGAUCUGACAAGAAAAAACACGGGGAGAGGAGGCACAGCUCGUCCGGGGUUAAGGAGGAGGAGAAGCCAGGAGAUGCCGAUAAACUUCCUCAAGUACGGCAGGAGCAGUCUGAACCUCCAGCAGAGCCUGUUAUCAUCAUCACUCUUGAUAAAGAUCUUGUGGAAGUCAGGCAAUCUGUUGGGAAAAUUUAUGCUACUGAAGUUGUUGAUAAAGCACUUGAAAUAGCAAUUUAUAAAUCAAAAACUGAUGUUGAUGAGGUCUGUCAGUCCCUCAGAGUGGGGGUGUCUGAGGCCUCGAAGGAGGUCCUCGAGAAGAUUAAGCGAGAGUGUCAUGAAUUGGCUGCUAAGAAUUUUGAGGAUUCCAGGAGGCGUGAGCAUUAUUUUAAAUUACUGGAAAAUGAAACUGUGAUGGCUUUCAUGUCUGAGAUGGAGUUAGCCACUGAAAAUGCUGUUAAAGCCCUUGUGGAAAUGGCUGAGGAGGAAGUAAGGGAACGAGCGAAGUGCGAAAUGCAGGAGGAUUCGUCGGGGAAAGCUCCACCUCUUCCGCUCUUGUCACCACCACCGCCGCCUCCUCCACCACCGCCUCCAACCACUCCACCGCCAGAGCCAGAAUCACCAGAAUCCUCUCCAUGGACAGAAAACACUAAUUUCGUUUUCACAAUGAGUGAAAGUCUUGAAAAACAUUCAGCCUCUGCUGCAGAUAUCGAGGAGAAUGUCGCAGGUAAUGACGAGCAAAAUCUGGAGAGAAAGGAGGAGAGGAUAUCGCCUUCGGAGAUUUCUAAAGAAAUCAGAGAGAAGAAGGACUGGGAGGAGAGGCACAAAGAGAGAAGGAAUCGUGAUAGGAGGGAUCGAGAUCACAAGAGGUCGAGUCACAAGGAAAAUUCAAAGUCCCAUCGGUCGAGUAAAUCAACGUCUGGGCACUCGAGUAAGGGAGAUCGAAGGUCCGGUAAUCACAAGGAAUCCUCCUCGAGGAGUCACAGCAAGGACAGACCCAAGAGCACUGGCUCCUCGUCUCAUCGACGAAGUGAUGAGGGCAAAUCACAUCACAGCAGAUCUUCCAGCAGCUCUUCCUCUGGACACAAGAGAAAAUCAUCAACCUCCGUUGGUCAAGCACACAAGGACGAUGCCAAGAGAUCCUGCACUGAUAGGCUUGGAGAUGACACUGGAGCAACGUGAAUUGGUUCGAUCAUUCGUUUUAUUCUGUUGUAUUAAAAUUCAUUAAUUCAGUCGUGAAUUUUUGGAGAAAAGUGUUUUCCGGGGAAAACACGUGAUUGAUCUUUCUUUUUUACUUUGUGAAAAUUUAUGGUUUAUUAUUAUUAUUUCAUUGUGCAUUGUAAAUAUUUUACACGCGAGUCAUUGAUUAUGAUUUUUCCGGUGGAUGUAGAGUCCAGUUAAAUUAUUUGUAGUCAUAGUUUAUUGCUUGGGAUUAAUACGUGAGGUGCAUUCAAUUUUUUCAAUUAUAUGGUGUUGGUAGUCAAGAGGUAAAAUAGUUUAAUGGGAGACUGCCGUGAUAUUUUUAAAUCAUCGAGUGUUGUAGAAAACACUAUUGCAGUUUAUAAUAUUAAUUUAUGAAAAAAGUAUGUUGAAAUUUCUUGCGGGUUGCAAAGAAUCUAGACGAUUCAACGGGUGAAAUUCAUUCAAGUGCCUCGAUUUUCAGUAGAUUAAAUUGAAUAUUGAGUUAAUCUCCAUUUAAAUGUACGCAAACAAAACCAAUGAUCUUUUUUUUGUGUACAAAUUAAUCCAAAGGGAAUUUUAUAAAUAUGUAAAUUGGUUACGAGAAAAACACAUACUAUUCCGCUAAUCUAAAUGCCUGCACAAAAUCAAUUGGAAGAAGGGAAUCCUUGAUGUUCGUUGCGUAUAAUUCAAUGAUUUUUUUCGCUCAAUUUUGAACUAAAUCAAUUGAAAUAGAGGCUAUUCGAUUUUUUCGUAGAUUUUAAUUCUUCAUGAAGCGUAAAGUCUCCCCUUAAAAUCAUGCAUUAUAAAAUAUUAAACUUUUUUACUUCUUUGGUACUGACAUUUCCAUAAUUUCGAAUUGCCCUCUGAUAAUUUUUCUUUCCAUUAUGAUCCCUGAUUAUGCUUUAUUCAAUGACUUUUGUUGCUUUGACAAUUAAAGCUUUCUCCCGGUGAUUAUAGUGGCAGUAUCAAAAUAACACGUUUGAGUGAUGAAUGAGUGAUGAAUGAAUGAAGGGACGAGAUGUGAAAAAGAUUUUUAUUUCUAUUUUCGUAUGAAGAAGUGUGGGAUCGAGGUAAUUGUGGAGGAAUUAUUUUUCAGUGCAUCACGGGACCAAGGCUAUGUCCCUUUGGUAAUAUUUAUAUGAAAUAUAAUUUAUUAAUAUAUGGUUUUUAUUUAUAACUUAGGAGGCUCCAGGUACAAUUGUCUUGAUCCCACUCAUUACCGAUGAUCAAUCGUAUUUUUCACGAAUUAUUGUGCUUUGAUGGGUUUUUCCUCUUUCAAUUUGAAAAUUAGGACCAGUGGGAGCAGAUAAACCGGUCUUUUGCAUUUUUUGACUGAUAAAAUUAUGAAAAAUUACGAUAAUACCAGGGGGAUUACAUAUGUACCGUAGUGAACAGCAAAAGAAGAUAAUUUUCAGUGUCAAUGAUAAUAAUUCAUAUUGCAUUGUAAUGAAUGAUCUAUGAGGGACUUUUAAAGAUGAUUUCAUAGAUAUUCAUUGGUGGUGACGAUUUUAUAGAUUUAAACGAGAGGUGCACAGAGCAGAAGAUUACAAGUUGAUGUAGAUAGUUUAUAUAAGAAAAACGAGAGGAAAUAAUCAGUAAAAGUCCAGAAUUACUCCAGAUGUGGAAGUACUCUGGAAUAUUCUAGUAUUGGAGAGGAAUAAUUGGAGCAAAAUGAUAUUUGGUCUGUAUAUUUUGUAAAUAAUUCAAUUUUAUCAAAAGUAGAGCGAGAUUAUUGAGAUACUAUAUGGAAAAUCAAUGAAUAUCGGUAAAUAGAGAGAUAUGAGAUGCGUAAUAUUUGUGUCUGGUGAGUUGUCUGGCGUUUUCCAAUUUAUUUUAUUUUUCUUCCUAUGGGAUCAGUGGGGAAGUGAUCAAAUGGUCGAAUUCAAUUAUUCAUUAAUUAAAUUCAGGAUAAAAUUUGUUUUUUUUUCCGAAAAUGUCACUCCAAAAAUUCACUG